CUCGAACGCGCCACAGAUUUCCCCUAAUUACCCGCGACUGGAAUUUCCGCUUAGCUUGCCACUACCUUUCCCUCAUGACCUCCCACCAGCUUUCCCUCGUUACCUGCCACUGGCCUCCGCUCAUCCCACCCUCGUUGCGUCUCCCACACUUUGGUGCCUCUGCCCUCCCAGCAGCAGCGUGCACCGCCAUUCCCAGCAACGUUUCUGGCCGUCUCAGGCACUAUGGCGCGCUCAGCCUUCCGUACACAGCUAGUGCUAUUAAUUCCCGCCCUUGGUCUCAUCAACACAAGCUCGAUCCACCACACAUCUUUACUAGCAGAGCACAGUCAGUUCCUAACCGAGAGCGAUUCCGACGGUCUCAGUUCCAGAUUCCGACGACGCGAGCCAGAACAGCAGCAGCUAGACAGCUGACUUUUCCAGGCAACAGCUGACCUUGCUUCGAUUUCAGAGCUCAGCCUCAGCGAGAGCAUCGGUAGAACCCCUUGCGAAGCCUAGCAAUCCCGAGUGCAAGCAAUGGCAUUCCGCGGCAGCAGCUCACCCCUCCCCUUAUUCCUCGCGGCGGCGCUCUGCCUGGCGCACGCCGCUCUAGCGGCGAACCUCCCCCCCGGCGGGUGCCACACGCGGUACGUGUGUCCGUACAUCGACGAUCUGGCCACGGCGACCAUCGACGACACCACGUACACGAGCUACCCGUUCCUCGGCGACUUCCAGGGCGUGUUCAAUGACCAGGGCGGCGCGUUCGUGCCGUUCCAGCGCGGGUCGGGCCCCGUGAACUACGAGCGGUACACGGAGGUGGGCACCAUCUUCGACGUCGUCAAGGGCGUCUACGGCGACACGCUGCAGGAGUGCUGCCGCGCCUGCGCGCGCUCCACCUACUGCUACCAGUGGCACUGGUUCAAAAACUCCCGCCUGGUGGGCGAGAACGCGAACGUGGCGGGGUUCAUCGACCGCGUGCAGUGCUACCUGCUGGAGAGGAUCGGCGGGUCGGGCCUGUCGGGCGACUACCAGACGCCGUACGCGGGGGAUGCGACGGUGCAGACGGCCAACGCGGCGACCAUCCCGCUGAGCUUCGUGGGCGGGCUGUGCAACGGCACUGCGCUCGUCGAGAACGACCCGCAUCUCACGGGCGCGCACGGCACGCGCUACGACUUCACGGGGCGCCUCGACAAGUCCUUCUGCCUCUUCUCCGACCGCCGCUUCCACGUCAACAUGCUCCUCAACGGCUACCAGGGCGCGCCGCCCGCCCUCGCCGCACUCGCGGGCGGGGAGUCCGCGAAGGGGAAGGAGGGUUCGACGGAGCUGCACACGUGGAUCAAGGAGUUGGGCGUGGUGUGGAUGGGCGCGGACGGCGCGAACCACACGCUGCGCAUGGUGGCGCGCAGGGGGAAGCAGCAGGAGCGCGGCGCCGACGGGUUCGUGGCACUGCUGGAGGUGGACGGGGAGGCGCGGACGCCGCCGCGCGUGGGGGAGGCGGUGGCGACGGCGGGCGGGCUGGAGGUGCGCAAGGUGGCGGAGGCGAAGGAGGGGCCGUUCGACGUGGACCAGUUCCGCGUGCGCGUGCGCGGGCUGGGGGAGCUGGACGUGCGCGCGCGCGUAGCGCACCCGCUGCUGCAGACGGCCGAGGAGGCGGAGGCGCACUUCAACGUGGAGCUGUCGGACGUGGCGAUGACGUCAGCCGUGCACGGCGUGCUGGGGCAGACGUUCCGCGACACCCCCGAGCAGCUGGCGCGCGCCGUGAAGUACUCACACCUGGCGGCGCUGCUGCGGCGCCCCGUGGACGUGGACAAGGCGGACGGCAGCGGCUUCCUGGACGGCACCGUCGACGACUACAUCUCCUCGUCCGUCGUCGCGCCCGACUGCAAGUUCGCCACCUACGGCACGGGCGAGUAGAAGGAAGGGGGUGGUGGGGGGCUGCAAGUUCGCCGCCUACGGCACGGGCGAGUAGAAGGAAGGGGGUGGAGGGGGGCUGCAAGUUCACCGCCUACGGCACGGGCGAGUAGAAGGAAGGGGGUGGAGGGGGGCUGCAAGUUCACCGCCUACGGCACGGGCGAGUAAAGGCAACUCGCAGUUGCGCCCGCAACGGCGCCAGGGAGUGAAAGUUGAGGGGACUUGCCGCGCUCCACGCUAGGGAAUGCUGGGCAAAUUGCCUGGCGUGGGUGAUGUCAGUGCACCUAGAUGAGGGCUGCCUUGCUCCAAGGCUAAUAAGGGUGCUCGGGUCUUCUGCUCAUUAGUUAUGUACACUUCUCUUGUUCUUGCAAUUUCUUUGUUAGUUUUCAUGCAUCCCAACCCGUCUAU